AUGCCCACGAACUUCACCGUGGUGCCCGUGGAGGCGCGCGCCGACGGCGGCGGGGACGAGGCGGCCGAGCGGACGGACGCGCCCGGAGUCCCCCAGGGCCCCGAGUCCGGCGGCCCCAGCCCGGGAGAUGGAAGCGCAAGAGAGAGCGGCAUGUUGGCUAACAGCGUCGAGGCGGAGAGGGAGAGUUUCUUUGAAGGAAAGAAUAUGGCGCUUUUUGAGGAGGAGAUGGACAGCAACCCCAUGGUGUCGUCCCUGCUCAACAAGCUGGCCAACUACACCAACCUGAGCCAGGGCGUGGUGGAGCACGAGGAGGACGAGGACAGCAAGAGGCGGGAAGUCAAGACCCCACGCAUGGGCACCUUCAUCGGCGUCUACCUGCCCUGCCUGCAGAACAUCCUGGGUGUGAUCCUCUUCCUGCGCCUGACGUGGAUCGUGGGGGCGGCAGGCGUGCUCCAGUCCUUCCUCAUUGUGUCCAUGUGCUGCACCUGCACGAUGCUCACCGCCAUCUCCAUGAGUGCGAUUGCCACCAAUGGUGUGGUCCCAGCUGGAGGAUCGUACUACAUGAUAUCCCGGUCUCUGGGCCCCGAGUUUGGAGGGGCUGUUGGCCUCUGCUUCUACCUGGGCACGACGUUUGCAGGGGCCAUGUAUAUUUUGGGGACCAUUGAGAUUUUUUUGACCUACAUCUCCACCGGCGUGGCGGUCUUCCAAGCAGAGACGGUGGAGGGCGAGGCCGUGGCCCUGCUGAACAACAUGCGUGUGUACGGGACAUGCACUCUGGCGCUCAUGGCCCUGGUGGUCUUCGUGGGCGUCAAGUAUGUCAACAAGCUGGCCCUGGUCUUCCUGGCCUGUGUGGUGCUGUCCAUCCUGGCCAUCUAUGCUGGUGUCAUCAAGACCGCCUUCGAUCCUCCAGACAUCCCGGUCUGUCUCCUGGGGAACCGCACGCUGUCAAAACGCAGCUUCGACGUCUGUUCCAAGAUGCACGUUGUUGGCAACAACACGGUGACCACUGCGCUCUGGGGCCUCUUCUGCAACGGCUCCCGGCCCAGCGCCACCUGCGACGAGUACUUUGCACAGAACAAUGUCACCGAGAUCCAGGGCAUCCCGGGUGUGGCCAGUGGUGUCUUCCUGGACAACCUGUGGAGCACCUAUGCAGACAAGGGGGCGUUCGUGGAGAAGAAGGGCGUGCCCUCGGUGCCCGUGCCGGAGGAGGGUCGCACCCGCGGGCAGCCCUACGUGCUCACCGACAUCAUGACCUGCUUCACCAUGCUGGUCGGUAUCUACUUCCCGUCGGUCACCGGGAUCAUGGCCGGCUCCAACAGGUCCGGCGACCUCAAGGACGCCCAGAAGUCGAUCCCCACGGGGACCAUUUUGGCAAUUGUGACCACAUCUUUUAUUUAUCUCUCCUGCAUAGCGCUUUUUGGGGCCUGCAUCGAGGGUGUGGUCUUGCGAGAUAAGUUUGGGGAGGCUCUGCAGGGGAACCUCGUCAUCGGCAUGCUGGCCUGGCCAUCCCCAUGGGUCAUCGUCAUUGGCUCUUUUUUCUCCACGUGUGGUGCCGGACUGCAGAGCCUGACAGGGGCUCCCCGCCUGCUGCAGGCCAUCGCCCGCGAUGGCAUUGUCCCCUUCCUCCAGGUGUUUGGCCACGGGAAGGCCAACGGGGAGCCCACGUGGGCGCUGCUGCUCACAGCCCUCAUCUGCGAGACUGGCAUUCUCAUCGCCUCCCUGGACAGUGUGGCCCCCAUCCUCUCCAUGUUCUUCCUCAUGUGCUACAUGUUCGUGAACCUGGCCUGCGCCGUGCAGACCCUGCUGCGCACGCCCAACUGGCGCCCACGCUUCAAGUUCUACCACUGGACGCUGUCCUUCCUGGGCAUGAGCCUGUGCCUGGCCCUGAUGUUCAUCUGCUCCUGGUACUACGCGCUCUUCGCCAUGCUCAUAGCCGGCUGCAUCUACAAGUACAUCGAGUACCGCGGGGCCGAGAAGGAGUGGGGUGACGGUAUCAGGGGCCUGUCACUGAAUGCCGCCCGCUACGCACUGCUGCGCGUGGAGCACGGCCCCCCACACACCAAGAACUGGAGGCCGCAGGUGCUGGUGAUGCUGAGCUUGGACACGGAGCAGCGCGUGAAGCACCCACGCCUGCUGUCCCUCACCUCGCAGCUGAAGGCCGGCAAGGGCCUGACCAUCGUGGGCUCGGUGCUGGAGGGGACCUACCUGGACAAGCACGAGGAGGCGCAGUGCGCCGAGGAGAAUAUCCGCACGCUGAUGGGCGUGGAAAGGACCAAAGGCUUCUGCCAGCUGGUGGUCUCCUCCAGCCUGCGGGACGGCAUGUCCCACCUGAUCCAGUCUGCCGGCCUGGGGGGCAUGAAGCACAACACGGUGCUCAUGGCCUGGCCCGCAUCCUGGAAGCAGGCUGCCGGCCCCUUCUCCUGGAAGAACUUCGUAGACACCGUCCGUGACACCACCGCGGCACAGCAGGCCCUGCUGGUGGCCAAAAACAUCGACGCCUUCCCGCAGAACCAGGAGCGCUUCAGCGAGGGGCACAUCGACGUGUGGUGGGUCGUGCACGACGGCGGCAUGCUCAUGCUGCUGCCCUUCCUGCUGCGCCAGCACAAGGUGUGGAGGAAGUGCCGGAUGCGCAUCUUCACAGUGGCGCAGGUGGAUGACAACAGCAUCCAGAUGAAGAAGGACUUGCAGACCUUCCUGUACCACCUGCGCAUCAGUGCCGAGGUGGAGGUGGUGGAGAUGGUUGAAAAUGACAUUUCCGCGUUCACCUACGAAAAGACGCUGAUGAUGGAGCAGAGGUCCCAGAUGCUGAAGCAGAUGCAGCUGUCCAAGACCGAGCGGGAGAGAGAGGCCCAGCUAAUCCACGACAGGAACACUGCGUCCCACACUGCAGUGGCCAGCAAGACCCAAGCCCCGCCCACGCCGGACAAGGUGCAGAUGACCUGGACGAAGGAGAAGCUGGUCACCGAGAAGCACAAGAAUAAAGACGCUGGCGUGACUGGGCUCAGAGACCUCUUCAGCCUGAAGCCGGACCAGUCCAACGUCAGGAGGAUGCACACGGCUGUGAAGCUCAAUGGUGUUGUCCUCAGCAAGUCCCAGGAUGCCCAGCUGGUCCUGCUGAACAUGCCAGGGCCCCCCAGGAACCGCCAAGGAGAUGAGAACUACAUGGAGUUUCUCGAGGUCUUGACCGAAGGGCUGAACAGAGUCCUCCUGGUCAGGGGCAGCGGCCGGGAGGUGAUCACCAUCUACUCCUAAAGCUCACAACGUCGGCAGCACUGGGAUGGGCGCGGACGCUGCUGGCAGCCUGGGGCCAGGCUCGGACUGGAGGAGACGGACACAGACAACGCCUGCCGCUCAGCGGUUCCCGGCCUGUCACCUGCUGUCCUCUCCCGACUGAAGGCAUCCAGAUGGCCUCACACCACAGCAGAGAGCCCGCGUGGGGCUGGAACGGUUUCCUUGUGGCCGGGGGAGAGGCUGCUGCCCCCGGUGACCAGGAGCAGUGGCCAAACCUUCAGCCUUCAGAUUCU